AUGCCAAAACCUGUUUCCAAGGAGAAACAAGUGGACAAUGCCAAUAGAUUAAUCCAUGAUGAAUUGCAUUAUAACAGGUACUCUUUGUUGGUUGAACACCAACAAUUAGUAAUGAAUUUGACGUCUGAACUAAAGUUGGUGUAUGACAAAAUAAUGGCAGCGGUGAAUGAAGACAAAGAUCCAAUAUCAACAAUUGUAGAUAGUGCAUAUCCUGAAUUCUAUUGUCACUCCAAUGAUAUAGAUUACCUCCAACAAAGAGAAAUUCUUGCUUUGACUCUAGACAUGGUGGACUCGAUCAAUGAAUUUAUGGUAUCACUUAAUCAUAAUCCUGAGAAGACAUAUCUGAGUUCUGAUACAGUUUGUAUGUCUAAUCAUUCUUUUACGGCAUGGGAGUAUGUGCACACACCAGAAUUCCUAAACAGUAUUAAGUGUUCUGGAAUUCGUAAUCACUUAAUCACAUUGAAGGUAGGUGUACCGAUAAUGUUAUUGAGAAACAUAGAUCAAUCAUCAGGAUUGUGUAAUGGGACGAGGAUGAUCAUCAAAAGACCUAGAGAUCGGGUUAUAGAAGCUAAGGUUUUAUCAGGCAAAAUGGUAGGUGAAAAAAUAUUUAUCCCAAGAAUGAGUUUGACACCAUUGGAUGCAAGAAUACCUUUCAAGUUUCAGCGAAGACAAUUUCCCAUCAUUAUCUCAUUUGCUAUGAUCAUCAAGAAAAGUCAAGGCCAAUCAUUGUCUCAUGUUAGGUUAUUUUUGAAGAAAUCAGUAUUUACCCAUGGACAAUUAUAUGUUGCUCUUUCAUGGGUGAUAAGUAGGAAGGUAUUAAAGAUUUUAUCCUACGAUGAUGGAGGAAAUAUAACAAACGAAGUUAAAAAAGUAGUGUACAAAAAGUUUUUUCGUAAUUUAGUUUGA